AAGCGAUUCUUGCUGAUGAUGCUCGGUUUCGGAGUCACGUCUCCCGGAUUCCGAUUGCGUUCGACGCGGAUAUUCGUGAUUGUUAUUCCAUUUGUCGAACACGACUUUUUUAAUUUUUAAAUUGACCGUGAAAGUCGUGUCAUCGUUCGCUACGUGCGAUUUUACACGCUUUACGCGCUGUCUUUUCUUGUAAAUAAACGUCAAUAACGGGUCGAAUGAGCGACGAAAGGCUGUGGUCGCGUUGAAUUUUUAUGCUGCCGAAAAUGCCACUGGCUCGGACAACGGUCUCGAUGUGGUGAAAUCGCAGCUGGAAAAAUCGUGAACGAAGCGCGUACGCGCUCGAACAAAACGCGCUGGCGGAAAUUCAAGAGAACGACAAAGAGACCGACAUCGCGGAGUCGAAUGUCGGAGAGUUAUGCACGAACAUGGACAAACAUGAAAUUCUUCUCUUUCCGCCUUUUCCAAGCGCCAGUAAAGAACGCACCAGGAAAAAACUUUGGCGAAAUGCGGUAGAAGUAGUUGCGAGCGACGACGAGGACUCGGACAUGGAUGAGCACGAGUGUGCUUUCUUUCCGGCUAAGCGACAUUGCACGCAAUUGUCUGGCAAUUUGUCUAGCACAAUUGUCGACGAAACUCGUUCAGAUACGGAGCAACACACAAGUGCAAAUAUGGAGAAAACAGCCAGCAAUGUAGAAAAUAUUGAAUAUGAUGAAAUUAUAUACCAAAUACAAGUUGAGGAAAAACUCAAAUUAUGGCAGGCUUUCCAGGAAGAAGAAGGGUCUAUGGACAAUAGCAUUAAUGAAGUUUUGGCUUACUACAGGACGAUGCAUCCACCAUUAGAGGAAGAUUCUGUCGGUUCCAGAUACCCUUUAUCGUACAGAAGUAAUGAUAUGGAAGACACAGCGGUGACAAUGGCAAUACGCAAUCAUGGGUUAGUCCAAUCAGCCGAGCUCGCUCUCCAGCCACAUUAUUGUAAAUGUAUAGGUGUGGAUUGUUCGUUUUCGUCAAAAUGUAUGUAUGAACUUGAGGACUUUCCUUAUGGAGCUGUCUACAGCAAUGUUGAAACGGGAAGAUGCAAUGCGUUGGAUACGUUGGAUGCGGAUAAAGUAUAUGAGUGUGAUAAGCCAGAAGAUUUCCUAGAACGCGCCGUAGGAGAGGCAAUUAAGAAGAAAGGUCUGAGUGCUCUGAGUGUGGAUUAUGGUUGAAUAAUGCUGCUUAACGCCCAAUUUUUUGGUGUAUUUAUAUAUAGUAGUAUAGUACAUCUCUAAUUGUUGUGCUCUAUAAACUUGUCACGACUUAUACAUUUUAUUUUAUAUAGUUGAUUUUUAUUAUAUGAUAGUUAUGCGUUUUACAAGCAAUAAUCUCAAAACGUUUUAUACUAUAUAUACAUUCCAAUGUAAUGAUUUGUUUAUGAAGAUUUGAGAAUUAUUUUAUUGAGUAAUUGAGAUAAUAUUAUAUAACGUUACAGUAACAAUUUUCCGAUAUUAAUCUCUUUUUAAUGACUAGCUAUUAAUAGCAUUGAUACCGCAUUAAUUAUAUUUCUGUAUAUAGAAAUAUGUAUAGAAAUGUAAUUGUUGUGUACAUAUAUACAAUAAUUACAUUUAUAUAUAUGUUAAAUCAAAUUAGCUUUGUAAACAAUACAUCCUUGAGAA